CGUGCCUUACUUACAUAUAUUAUUAUUAUUAUCAUAAUUAUCAUUUUUUUUUUUUUCUGAUAAUAAUAUUGAUAAGAAUAUAAAAAUUAUUAUUAUUUUUUAACAAGUUAAAAAUUGUGUAUGAAUAUUUUGAAAAAAAAAAAAAGAUAAUCAUAAAAAAAUAAUAAUGGUUCUAAUACGUUUUUUUAUAAUAAUAUUAUUCAGAGAAAUUAUGCGAAUAAAUGCAUAAACAUUUUAUUUUAUACGUUAAUACGUAUUUUCAUUAAAUGUAAAUAAUUAUAAAUUUUUAAGUAAACAAUAUCAAUUGAUAACAAAUAUAUUAGGAAUAAAAAUUAAAAAAAAAAAUUUAAAUAACGUUUUUGUGUUUUUUAUUUGUUCCUUUUUUGAUUAUUUAUUUUUAAUUCUUUCUAAUGGAUAUUUAAAUACUAAUUGAUAAAUAUCAGAGUCGUUGAGGUGGUGGGGUAUUGAGAAUAAUAAAAAAAUAAAAAAUCAACGUACAGGCAAGAUAAAAUUGAAUAAUUUGUUGGAAGUGGGGGAAAGUCGUCCAACAAGUUAAAUGUGUUACUGUAAAAGUUCUAUAGAAACAAAUAAAUUGUUAAAUAAAAUAAAUAAUAUUUAUAUUAUUAAUAUAAAAAUAUAAAAAUUCAAUUUUUAAAUUAAUAAAUUUAUUAAUUUUUUUGAUAUGUAUUCGAGAAAACGUGUUGUUGAUUUACUUCAAGUUAUAUCUUCACAAUCAUGCAAAUGUCCAGCUCAUGGAAAUCCAGGUUCAACAAUUAUUCAUAAUCAUGAAAAAUUUAAUUAUUCAUUAUUGAAUAAUAGUGAGACUAAAGAGUACGCAUUUGAGAUGGCUUGUUCAACAGUUCGUUAUGGAAUUGGAGUUACUAAAGAGUUAGGAAUGGAUUUACAAAAUUUUGGAGUUAAAAAAACUUGUCUUAUGACAGAUUCAAAUUUAGUAAAUUUAUCACCAGUUAAAAGUGCUCUUGAUAGCCUGACAAAAUAUGGUAUUAAUUUUGAUGUUUAUGAUAAAGUACGUGUUGAACCAACUGAAACGAGUCUUCAAGAUUCAAUUGAGUUUACUAAAAAUGGAAAUUAUGAUUCAUUUGUUGCAGUUGGUGGUGGUUCAGUAAUGGAUACAUGUAAAGCUGCAAAUUUAUAUACAAGUGAUAAAAAUGCUGAAUUUCUUGAUUAUGUUAAUGCACCAAUUGGUAAAGCAAAGCCAAUAUUAGUUAAUUUAAAACCAUUAAUAGCUGUACCAACAACAUCAGGUACUGGUUCUGAAACAACUGGUGUAUCAAUAUUUGAUUAUCGUCCAUUAAAAGCUAAAACUGGUAUUGCAAAUCGUGCAUUAAGACCAACACUUGGUAUUAUUGAUCCAUUACAUACACUAACAUUACCAGAAAGAGUUUGUGCAUAUUCUGGAUUUGAUGUAUUAUGUCAUGCACUUGAAUCAUUUACUGCAAUUCCAUAUACUGAAAGAUUACCAUGUCCAACAAAUCCAAUUUUAAGACCAGCUUAUCAAGGAAGUAAUCCAGUUAGUGAUGUAUGGGCUAGAUUUGCAUUAAAUAUUAUGAAAAAAUAUUUUGAAAGAGCUGUUUAUAAUCAAGAUGAUUUAGAAGCUAGAAGUAAUAUGCAUUUGGCAAGUACAAUGGCUGGUGUUGGAUUUGGUAAUGCUGGUGUUCAUCUUUGUCAUGGUUUAAGUUAUCCAAUAAGUGGUAAUGCACCAAAAAAAUUUUUUCCAAAGGGAUACAGUGAUGAUCAUCCAAUUGUACCACAUGGUUUAUCAGUUGUAAUAUCAGCACCAGCUGUUUUUUCAUUUACUGGUAAAGCAUGUCCAGAAAGACAUCUUGAAGCUGCUGAAUUACUUGGUGCUGAUAUUAGUAAUUGUAAAAAAGCUGAUGCUGGUUAUAUUCUUGCUGAUGUUGUUAGAAAAUAUAUGAGUAAAAUGAAAAUUGAAAAUGGUCUAUCAGCAAUUGGUUUUGAUAAAAAUAUUAUUCCAACACUUGUUGAUGGAACUUUACCACAGCAUCGUAUCACAAAAUUAGCACCAAGAGAACAAAGUGAAGAAGAUUUAUCAAAAUUAUUUGAAGAUUCAUUUGAGAUUUAUUAAAUUUAUAUUUUUGUUAUUAAUUGUUAUACUUGAUAAUUGAAUUUGAACAAUAAUUAUUUUUAUUUAAUCAAUUUAAAUAUUAUUUUUUACACAAUUUUUAUAGACAACAUUUAUACAAGAUUACACUCGUUUAACGGAAUUCAUAAUAGAAUAUUUUACGUCCAUUCAAUGGUUGAGUUGGUCGGUUAUCAUGAUCAUCACCAUGAGAUAAUUUUAACGACCUUAUUUUUUUAAUCUAUAAAAUAAAAAACAGAACAAAAAGUUAUUACUCAAUUUUAAAUGUAAAAAAACAAAAAAAAAAAACAAUUAAAAUUUCACCUGGUCUUCAGUCAUGUCGUAAGGUUUCAAUGCUAAAAACCAUGUGACAACUUCAAGACAUCGUGGUGUUGUCAAUGAUCCAUUGUAAGAUACCCAACUUGGUGUAUCUCGAAGAACUUCAAAAUCUGAUAAUAGAAAAUUAUCAAUAUGUGCAGAGCUGCCUUCAUCACGAACUUUUUCAGCUGCAUUUAUUAUAUCUUGAAUAGCAGUUGAAUUUUUACUUGUAACCUGUGCAUAAAAUUACUUAUUUAUUUCUAUUUUAUCAUAAUAAUUAAUAAAUAAAAAAUCAAAUUUAAACUUACAUUAUAAAAAGAGGCAAUAACCAUAAUACCAUCUUGAUAAUUUGAUGCAUUUACAAUUGUUUUAUAUUCACGUUUAAAAUGUACCAUAUGUACUUCCAGGGGUAAUCUAAAAUAUGUAAAAUUAAUAUAACUAUUUGCUUGUAAUUAAAUUGUUGUUAAUGAUGAUUUUUAUAUUUA